AUGAGUGGAGCCAUGCGGACACGUCCCCAGCUUGCAUUCCGGCUAGGUCCUAGCAAGGGCCCAGGGAAGCCUGUCCGUGCACCUGCGCCUGCCAUUGUGUACGAGCCUCUGGUGCCUGCGCCUGGUGUGGCGGCGGCCAGGUCGUCGACCCGCCACCAGUCGUCGUCGUCGGCAGCUGUGGCCCGGACCGAGUAUGUGACCGGGGUCGAGGCCGACAUGGCCAAUCUAGUCAAGCACAAGCAUCGACUGGCCUUUGCGCAGGCGCUUGUCCGCAACGACAUGAAGGCUGCGGUGGCAUCGACUCGCCGUGGCCGUGCCCGCCACCCGCCGGCGCCGCUGGCUCCCGCCUCGCACCAACGUCACCGUCAACACGUUGGCGCUUCGUCACCUGCAGUCGUGGUCGACACGUUGGCGGCUAGCGCACGGCGAACGCGCCCGUUGCCGUCCAAGACAAAGUCGGCACGGACGCCGCUGGCGCAGAUUGCCGGGCCAAACGCCGCGGUCGCCGCCACACGCCGCCCGCCGAGCUCGGUGGUCAAGACCAAGCUUGGCGUCGCAGGCCCGCACGAGGAUGUCGAGUUCAUCCAAGCGGCACAGCUCUCGUCGCGAAAAGCCAUGGAAGAGUACAAGGCGCGACUUGCUGCGCGCGAAGCCGAGGAUCGUGCCCGCGAAGAUGCGCGCCGGGCGCGCGCACACGCCAAACACUUGGAGCAUGCUCGCCAGCGGCUCGAGGCCGAGCGCGCCCAGCUCGCUGAGGAGCAGGAGCGCUUUCGGGCCGAGCAAGCCCGGCUCAAGGCCAAGCAGCUGGCGGAGUCACGAUCGCCGACCCGCGACGCCGUUCGCGACACACGCCCUCCGUGGCAAGAGCCCGACACCAGGCCGGGCGAUCUCGACUCGCCACUCGGGGUCGCCCGCGUGGACGCGGCCGUGGGCGCGGCCGUGGGCGCGGUCGUGGCGGGCGCGGCCGUGGCCGGGGCCACCCUCGCCACCAUCUGCGCCGCACCCGUCAGCGGACCCGAGUCAGGCUUCGAACUUGACUCGGAGCCGCAGCGUGAGGACGUGGCGGCCGGGUCGGUGGCUGAGCCGCUGGCUGCGGCUCCGGCUCUGCCAUCGGCUCCCGCCGUCAGCGCAGCCGACGACUGCUCAGGGAAUGCCCGCGCUCUGCUCACCCGCGAGCUCGCAGAAGAGGUUCUCCGCUGUCUGCACUCGGGUGCUAAGCCUGUGGCGGCGGCAGUGAGGAGGGAGGCGUCCGAACCGGCAGCUCCGGCUGUGGCACCGGCUCGAGAUGAUGUUGCGCCGGCUCACGUCGCCGUUCCGGACUCGUCGCCGAUGCCGGAGCAUGAUCCAGAUGCUCAGGUUGAGGCACAGCUGAUGGCAGCACGUGUUGACAAGGCACUUCGGCUUAUGGGACAGAUGGAGGCCGAGGAGGCGUCGAUUCGAGCGCGGUGGGGCAUCGACUCGGGCGGCCGCUUUGGGCUUGAGGCCGACUCGUCGGCAGCCAGUCCCGCACGGCAAGCUCGCGCCAGCGCUGCACACCGCGCGCAGCAAGCCUAUCAGCUCUCUACACACGCGGUGGCUGACAUCGAAGUCCACCGCGAGCUGUUCCUGGAGCGUAUCGCCGAGAAGUGUGCCGCGUUCUCGGCGUCUGCGCUGACGCCUUGGGACAUAGUUACCGGCGUAGCCGACGAUUUCGUCGAGGAGCUGCUGGACGACAUGGCUUGUGAGCUUGCGGCGGCCGCCGACGAUACCGUCGUCAAUCUAUUUGAGAAGGAGUUCAAGGCAGCGGCUCCGCUGGCCGAGUCGUAG